AUGUUGCCACGGUGCCGGCUCACCCUGCUUCUGUCAAUACUGUUGGCAGGCAUCGGGUGGCCACUUGGGGUGUGCGCUUACAGCGUCGGGAGAUACAAAGUGCCAAGAGGCCUCGGCAACGACAAACCAACCCGCUUAUUCCGCGGUGACCUCCGGAGCCCCGAGAAGAUAUGGAAAGCAGGCGGAUUUCUGCCCCACGGCAACGACUUGAACAAUGAUGCCGGCUUAAGCGUCUAUGCCCAUAUGAGAGGCGUCAGUGGAGGGGGAGCCCCCGAGAACUCGCUAUUCGUCUCCACCACGACGGAUCCAAAGGUCGCCAUCAGGGCACUGGGCGGAAAGCCAGGCUACAUAUAUGAACUCCAGCCUACGGAAAACAUCUUCUCCGUAUCCGAAACCCUCAAGGGGCAUAACCUCUACCCCAAUCAGCAGGAGUGGGUGGCGUUGGGAGGCAUCCGUGCCGAUCAGAUCAGGAGCGUCGCACAAGUCGGGGCGUCGACAUCGUCAAGCAACAACGGCGCCAGUCCCGAGCUCACCUUCAAGCCGUCUAGGGGAUUUCUGGCGUCCAAAUGGGCAAACAAUGGUGUCGGUGACCCGCAGCCCGAGCUUGCCGGCUUCCCGAGGGACCAUCCGGCAGCCAAGGACGAACCGUUUUGGAGGAGCCUGCGUGGAAAGCCGCUGAAACAGGCUGAGCAGCGACUCUUGAAGCAAGCGCAUGACAAGGGGUGGGAUUCCCCUUUGCAGCACUCGCGCAGCGUAGUAAAGUCGGCACUCGGCUUCCUCCUGUGCAAACGCGGACAAGAACAAGAAUGCGGACGGGAGCAGCUCGAGUUUCAUCGUCUCAAAGCUCUCGCUAAGCAGAAGGAAACAUGGAUGAGAAUGGGACAUCAUGACAGAAACUCAUACAGAAACUCAUCCAAGUUUAGAAUGCUUCUCCGGGAGCUUCCGUUUAAGAGUUUCGCCAAGUCCAUCGUCACCAUGGGGGCCGCCGAUCACCCUCCUACUACUGACAAUGUGUACUGCCAUCCCGGCUUCCUCGGCAUCGGUGCUUUAUUUCCAUCCGCUAGUUGCGUUCGAUCAGGAGGCUUGCUACCUCCUGACGAAAAGGACCUCUUUCUCUCGCUUCCAAGCGAAGAGCAGCAUGAUUUUCUUGCUCUCACGGCUGAAGAACAACACAAGCGGGUCGUGGAAGCAAUGGGUCCUGAAACUUACCAAUUCCGCGAGGAUUGCCGUCGCAAUAAACCACUCCUUUCACUCAGUGCACCGUCAGAGGAAGAGUGUGUGGUGGCGAAAUUGACACAGGCCGAAGCGGAAUCGGCAGAGGAAGCUGAGGGAAAACGGGCUUCGAAAGCGACGAGCCUUGCCCACGAGCACUCGCCCUCCUUGCCAGGUGGGCUGAGAAACGUUUCUGCUUCGGUGCCAACAAGCACAAUUCGUUCGCAAGACGUCGACGAGGAUGAUGACGCUGGGCCUGACGGCGUCCAUCGCCAGCGGCGUGCUCGCGGAACCGUCGGGGUGGAUUUUGUCGCAUGA